AUGUCGUCUGACAAGCAACCUGGCGGCACUGAGAUCCAGGUUGAUGCAAAGAACAAGGGCACGGCUACUCUGCGCCAUCAGAGUAUGUGCGGGAUCCACGCCGUCAUAUCUUGCGGGGUGCAAGAUCCCGUGACAGACUGCUUGUCCUCGGAUCUGCAGCGCCGGCUCUGCAACCGAGGCCCAGAUCACUUGGGUGAGCAUCGCGCACGCCGCGACUUGGGGCCUGAUCGGGCUAGCAUCACCCUCGACUUCACCUCGACAGUCUUGUCUCUCAGAGGCGAUCACAUUGCGAGACAGCCGCUCGUGGACUCUCAGUCAGGAUCGGCCCUAUGCUGGAAUGGCGAGGCGUGGAAGUUAGGAGGCUCCGCAGUCAAAGGCAACGAUGCCGAACUGGUGUGUGAACAACUCCGACAGGCAGCUGCCCUCGGCGAGACUCAAGACCGAGAACACGCAAUACUUGACACUCUCAGAGCUAUCGAAGGGCCCUUUUCUCUCGUCUACUACGAUGCCGAGUCCGGCAAAGUCUUCUUCGGGAGGGAUCGGCUUGGUCGACGAUCCCUACUUACAAGACACAGCGAAACGUCUCUAGUUAUCUCGAGCGUGGGCGACUUCCCCACCCAUAAAUGGGACGAGGUUGAGGCUGAUGGGAUCUACGUUCUGGAUCUUGGCUCUUUUCGCAACUCACCAGAGCCGCACAGCCCAAAACAGCACCUGACAAGACACGACUGGCUGUCGACCGCGGAUGAUGACACUGUACUGAGCAUCGGGCAUUUUAACACGGACUUGCCCCAUGGGAAGCAUGAACUGCUCGCUCAUUCGCCCGCUGUCCGUCAACUCCGCCAUCGCCUGACCGAGUCACUGAAAUUACGACUUCUCCACAUACCGGUUCCUCCAGCCAGAACUCCUAGCAAUGAUACCCGAGUUGCUGUUCUCUUCUCAGGCGGCCUUGAUUGCACUAUUCUUGCCAGGCUAGCGCAUGAUAUCGUACCUCCUAAUCAAGGCAUCGAUCUUCUGAAUGUCGCGUUCGAGAAUCCUCGCGUCGCUGCCCAGCUCCGCAAGGCGGCAUCGGCAUCGGGUGGACAAAUAGAUGUCUAUGAGUCGUGCCCGGAUAGAAUCACUGGGAGGAAGUCGUUUGCCGAACUCACUUCCAUUUGUCCCGAGCGUAAAUGGUGCUUUGUUGCGGUGAGCAAGAACUCGAGGGCCGAGUAUGUGUCGAGAUAUGUACUGAUGGAACUCUACCUGCAGGUCAACGUACCCUACUCUGAGACAACUUCUCACCGAGCCGAAGUGGUGUCUCUCGUCUAUCCUCACAAUACUGAGAUGGAUCUUUCUAUAGCAUAUGCCUUGUACUUUGCGGCACGCGGAACUGGUCUCAGCUACUCACACCCAUCUUCCACCGCAGUUCCUUAUGCGACCUCUGCUCAUGUAUUGCUCUCUGGUCUGGGAGCAGACGAACUAUUUGGCGGUUAUGGCCGCCACGCUGUCGGCUUCUCCAGGGCUGGAUAUCGGGGUCUCCUCGAAGAAAUCAAGCUUGAUGUCGGCCGGCUAGGCAAGAGAAAUCUCGGCCGAGAUGACCGGGUUAUGGCUCACUGGGGCCGCGAAGUCCGCUUCCCAUUCCUGGAUGAAGAUCUAGUGCUGUGGGCCAUCCAACUCCCUGUGUGGGAGAAGUGCGACUUCGAAAAUCCCGAAGCAGGUGGACCGUCCAUUGAGCCUGGAAAACGAGUACUGCGGCUAGUUGCUAAGGAGUUGGGCAUGAGUGGUGUAGCCCGGGAGAAGAAACGAGCUAUUCAAUUUGGCUCGCGUACUGCCAAGAUGGAAAGCGGGCGUGUCAAGGGAACGAAUGUUAUAUCAUGA